AUGCAGGGCGUCAAUGGCGUGCUGCAGAUGCUGGUCGCCCUGCCGGCAGGCUACCUGGCGGAUCGGCACCGCCGCGAUACCAUGCUGCGAGCGGGCGCGGCUGUGUGCGCGGUGGCGGGGGCCGUGCUGGCAUGUGCGCUGAUGCUGCGUCCCACCGUGUGGAUGCUAGGCGCUGCCAUGGCGCUGCUGGGCUGCUACCGUGGCAUAUAUUCCGCUGCGCUCGAGGCGAUUUUCGCAGACAGCAUCAUGCAGGGGCGCAGUGGACUAUACACACGGAAGUAUGCGGUUACCGUGGCGGCCAGCAGCUGCGGGCCCUGGAUCUCGCUGGCCCUCUUCCACCACCUCGGCAAUCGCUGGGUGGCAGAGGACUGCCGCCUGGUGCUGCUGAGCGGUGUGACGCUGAUGGCGGUCCCUCUGGCCCUCAUGUGCGCAUUUGAUGACGACAAGACCGUGGCACACGGCCAGGAGCAGCAGGGGCAGGGCCGUGAGCCGAUGCUGCCCACCACGCGUAGCAACGGCAACAGCGGCACGCUCACAGGACCAGCGCUGGAGCCGCCAGCCGACCAAAUCUGCCAGGCUGAUGGCUCGGCAACCGCAGCAGUGGACGGCGCUGUUGUGACGGUGCUUGUUUCCGUCUCAGACUUUAUCGGAACAUUUGCGUCAGGGAUGACCAUCAAGUUUUUUGCCAUGUACUUCAUGCAAUCCGUUCUGAUGACGCCCGCAGCCGUCUCACUCAUCGGCGCCCUGUCCCCCAUUGGAGUCUGCGCCGCCUCGCUCGCCUGCCAGCCGCUCAGCAACCUGUUCACUCGCUGCCUGGACAUUCUGCUGCUGGCAGCUAUGGCCUUUUUGCCCACCGCUACCGCCCCGGCACGCCACCUGCUGGUGGCGGUUCACCUGCUGAGGAUGGCGGUAGCCAACGCCACACGCCCCCUCAUGCGCUCGGUUUUGAUGGACUUUGUGCCUCGCCGGCACCGUGGCAAGGUGAAUGCCGUCGAUAGUGUGCGGUCGUUUUCAUGGAGUGGGAGUGCAGCACUUGGAGGGUUCCUCAUCGAGCGCAUCGGCUUCCGACGCACCUUCCUCGUCACCGCUGCCAUCAAGACCGCUGCCUUUGUGCCGCUCCUCCUCCUGCUGGCGUACGUGCCAGACGGCAUUUGCCUGCCAGCUGGCACCCGGCUGGUGCGGAUGCAGCGAUUGCAGCGCUGGCAAGGCACCAUGGCCUCCGCGGCGGUGGCAGCGGCGGCGCCUUCCAGCGGCGGGGCCGGCGGCAACGGCUGCCAGGCGGAUGGCUUGCGGCAGCCUCUGCUGGAUAAGAAGGCAUUUGGCUCAUGA